GUACUCGCCAAUCCCCAUUAAGACGGACUGAUGACGGUUUACUACAGCCAACCAUGCAAGUAGAGAGAAGUCCGUAACUUUAUUUUUACCACGUACAUUGUAGGAGUUGGUUAUUGAAAAAGAUGAAUUGCUGUUCGUUUUGGUUACAGAGGAAUUUGGAGCAAGUUUUUCUUACUCGCUAACUUCAGGAUUCGACAAGAAUGAUUGAAUUGCACGUCAACCAUUAAAAGAUCUUUGGUGGCUUUCAGUUCUUUUACGUUAUAAUGAAGCUAUUUUUGUAUAGAUGUGGUGGGACCUAUUAAGCGUGCCUGUUGUCAAGGAAACCUGGAAGAGCAACUGUCAAGAUCUGUAUCUUUGGGGAAACUGGUUACCUUGAACGUGAUAGGAUCCCAGUGUUGAAAUCGGAAGCUUCAAGUGCUCCAAUGAAUACUGCCUCCUCUGCAAUGAAUACUGCCUCCUCUGCAAUGAAUACUGCCUCCUCUGCAAUGAAUACUGCCUCCUCUACAAUGAAUACCGCCUCCUCUGCAUCUGUGAAUCGGUAAACACUUCCAUGACAACUGAAUAGCAUUCCUGAUGCCUUACAUUGUAGGCACGAUCUGUGUGGACAGUAAAUUAGAUGAAAAAUGAGCCACAUCACUUUAUGAACCAGUACACUAAUAGCAUUUGGAAUGUUUACAAGUAAAUGGAUAGGAUGAGAUAGGGGGGUAAAUGUGCUCAAUGUAUGCAAGCUCUAGUUCCAGAUUGAUUCUUGAUUUGAUUUGAAUUGGCUGUCUAGUGGCAGCACUUGAUAAGCCUGUACACUGUUCUGCUGUUUUCUAAUUUUGUGUAGUAUAAACUUGGCUCUAAUACACGUACUUUGUUAUACAACCAUUUGUAGUUGCAAGGCCUAGUUCGGUGAAUUGCAAGACUUGGGUGGGUAGGCAGCUCUAAGAAUUGAGGGAGUUUAUGAACACUGCAACUUCCAUUCCUAACAUCUGAAUUUCCAAAUUUUAUUUUUAACAGACAGCCUGGAAAAGGUCCAAAGAAGCUUUCUGGUGCAGCAAAUAGAAAAAGAAAGGCUCAGAGAGAAUUGCAAGUGGCUAGUUUACGUGCUUCAAUGAUGCGAUUUAUGCAGUCUAGUCAUACAUUAGACAGUGAGCUGCAAGACAGGGACAGUGAAAUGCUUCAAGAGGCAGAUUUCUCUGAGGUGCCAAGCAGUCCUUCCAGACCAGGUGAAAGUGACAGUUCCUGCCAAAGUCCCAGCAAUGCUUGCUGUAUGGUAGAUGUUGAGGUGCCAAGCAGUCCUUCCAGACCAGGUGAAAGUGACUGUUCCUGCCAAAGUCCCAGCGAUGCUUGCUGUAUGGUAGAUGUUGAGAAUACUGGUACUGGAUGUACAUAUAAUGAAUCUGAGUCACAGGUGUGUGAUAAUGGCUCUGACCUUGCAGUUGGUAAUGCUGAGUGUGUCAGAGAGUGUGGAGCUGAGUCGGUGUCUGGGGCAUCCAUUGACUCUAUUCCUGUGUGGUCAGAGCUAGGAGCAAGUCCUGUAUCUGACCAAGUAGUAGAUAUAUGUGAGGAGGAAAAUAAGGAAGUAGCUCCAGUAACAUGCAGGGAAGUCGAUAGUGACCCUGGUAAAUGGCCAGAUCCCAUGGAUGAUAAAGUUCGCUGUCUGUUAAGUGCUGAAGGGCCUGUUCAGAUAAUGAAUCACACUUUUCCCUAUGAUGAUCACCAUAGAAGAUUUAAUCCUAUCUUCUAUACAAAAGACUUACAAAUGGUGAGACAGUCAGAAGGUCUUGGUUGGUGUAUUCUGAAAGUAGUGACUUAG